AUGGCUGGCCCCAACCCGCGUACGAAGCCGUCCAUCUUGAGCGCGAGGCAAAACUCUGCCAUCAACUCUAUUUUGAAGAACGAGUUCUCCCCGUACAUUCUAGAGUCAGAUGCGUCCUUCUCAGGAUUUGGUGCCGUGAGCAAAUGGGCUUCCCAGAGGAAAGAACAGGCCUUCGCCGAGGACGCGUCCUUCCAGACGGAGGCUGUCACCGCGAACGCGACGCCCUAUAAGCAGGCGGUUGACAGGAAAUUCCGCAAUUUCUACUACCGGAUGCGUGAUGGGCGCUCUCCUGGCACGAAGCGCACGAAGCCACCUCCGCCCGCCCAAACGCUCGUUGAUCUUUUGCUCCCGCGCCCGACGGCAUUCCGGCUUUUCGAAUGCGUUAAGAAAGAAGAAAUAUUGGAACAAAUAGACGAGGCAGGCGUUGAUGCGUAUGAAACGUGUCUGGAGGAGAUGUGGGAUGACUUGGACGAGGAAGAGCAGAGCGAGUAUGAACAAGCUGCGAUAGCCUCCAAUACAAACGUCAUGCAGACGCGCCAAUUAUUCGUGAAUAACUUCGAGCGGGCACUGAAUAAGCUAUGCCAGAGUUCUAAACUCGGUGGUAUGGCCGCGACAACAAUUCUGGCUUAUCGCGAUGCUCAGGGAGUCGCCAAAGUAGCAGUGUUAGCUCCCACUCUUCUCAACUUUCUAACGACUGACCCUUAA